AUGUAUAAGCUCAUCUCCUGGUGUUUGCUUUUCAUAGGAUGCUUACAUCCUCUCCUCUCUCUGCCUGUCCCUGACUCCAGGGAAGAGAGCCUGCAGCUCUCAGCACCUGAUGGAGAUGCAAGAUCAGCCUUGGAUGAACUGGAAAGAGUGUCCCUCCUGCAAAUGCUGCUGGAGAUGUCAGGGGCAGAGAGGGGUGAUGGUCUUAGGGAAGCAGGUCUCAGUACUGACAUUGCUAACCCUAGAGGAAGUCUGAGAAAGUUUCAGGCUUUGUCUGGACAAGAUCUUAACAUUUUCCUGAGUCAUCUUUUGGACAGGAACAGGAAACAAGAUAAGAAGCGUGGGUCUCCCUCUGAAUGCUUCUGGAAAUACUGUGUCUGAAGUGAAAUGAACAUCUACUAGUCAACUCAAAAACAGCCAUCUUAGAAACUUAAAAACAAAAA